GUUGAGAUUCCCUGAUUCGGUCGAGAUCUUUAGAAAAAUAAAAUUUCUGCCCUUCCGCUCUCAGUCUCUGUGAUUUACAGAGAGCCUUGAAACCCUACGAAGCUUCCGUUAAUGGAGGUUACAGGAGCCCUGCGCUGACAUUGAAUGGAAAGCUGCUUUUUGUUGAGUGUGAAGCGACGUAAAGCUGAAACCAUUUGAUGCACAUUUACAGUUAUUCAUGAAACCCUUAUUCACAUGGGGUUAGAUUCUGCACUAAAUUGCUUGCCAUAGGAUUAUUCAAAAUUCAGCGACCAGGUUCAGGGGGCGACUUGCCCCAGGGUAGUGAGUACAACCCUUUUCCUGUAGCCCGGAGGGUUAAUUCGUCCCAUGCAGUUAUGAUGGAUGAAGACGUGGAGGAUGGGAAUUUGGGUCCUUAUCAGGAUAGGCCCAGGACUUUCCCAACAAUGCGUAGUAAACCUUAUACCCCAUUGAUUCUCCGGAUUCUCAUGGGACUAAAUGUUCGUGUACUUAUUAUACUUUUGCUCCUCUGCUUUGGAGCUAUCUUCUAUAUAGGAGCAUGUACUUCUCCAAUCAUUGUGUUUGUCUUUUCUAUCUGCAUCAUCAGCUUCCUUUUUGCUAUUUAUCUCACUAAAUGGGUGCUCUCAAAGGAUGAGGGGCCUCCUGAGAUGGUUCAGAUAUCAGAUGCCAUACGGGACGGAGCAGAAGGCUAUUUCAGGACUCAGUAUGGAACCAUCUCCAAGAUGGCAUUGUUGCUAGCACUAGUAAUUUUUGGCAUUUACUUGUUUCGCAGUAUGACACCUCAACAAGAAUCAUCUGGCCUUGGGAGGUCCACAUCUGCUUGUAUUACAGUUGCUUCUUUUCUUCUUGGGGCUUUAUGUUCAGGUAUUGCUGGGUAUGUUGGAAUGUGGGUGUCAGUUCGUGCAAACGUACGAGUUGCUAGUGCUGCAAGACGUUCUGCAAGAGAGGCAUUGCAGGUUGCUGUUCGUGCUGGUGGUUUCUCUGCCAUUAUUGUUGUUGGUAUGGCUGUCAUAGGUGUGGCAAUUCUCUAUGCCACAUUCUAUGUAUGGUUGGGGGUGGAUUCACCGGGUUCAUUGAAGGUCACUGAUUUGCCUCUUCUCCUGGUGGGCUAUGGUUUUGGAGCAUCAUUUGUUGCCCUUUUUGCUCAGUUGGGUGGAGGAAUAUACACGAAAGCGGCUGAUGUUGGAGCUGAUCUUGUUGGAAAAGUAGAGCAGGGGAUACCUGAAGACGAUCCUCGAAAUCCUGCUGUCAUUGCGGAUCUGGUUGGAGACAAUGUGGGUGAUUGUGCUGCUCGGGGGGCUGAUCUUUUUGAAAGUAUUGCAGCAGAAAUAAUCAGCGCCAUGAUUCUAGGAGGAACAAUGGCUCAGCGUUGCAAAAUUGAAGAUCCAUCUGGGUUUAUUCUGUUUCCUCUUGUAGUACACUCUUUCGAUCUGGUUGUAUCGUCAGUUGGAAUACUUUCAGUCAGAAGUACUCGUGAUUCUGGAGUGAAGCUUAUUGAGGAUCCAAUGGCGAUUCUUCAGAAAGGAUAUUCUGUCACAAUAUUUUUGGCUGUUCUAACAUUUGGGGCGUCUACUCGUUGGAUGCUUUAUACUGAACAAGCACCUUCUGCAUGGUUCAACUUUGCCCUAUGUGGCUUGGUUGGAAUAAUGACUGCUUACGCUUUUGUCUGGAUCACGAAGUAUUAUACUGACUACAAGCACGAGCCUGUACGCACAUUAGCGCUUUCAAGUUCAACAGGACAUGGGACUAACAUAAUUGCAGGCAUUAGCUUGGGUUUGGAAUCAACUGCUCUCCCAGUUCUUGUCAUAAGUGUAGCUAUUGUCUCAGCUUUCUGGCUGGGUCAAACUUCCGGAUUGAUUGAUGAAACUGGAAAUCCAACUGGUGGUCUGUUUGGGACUGCAGUAGCAACGAUGGGGAUGCUCAGCACUGCUGCUUAUGUUCUCACCAUGGAUAUGUUUGGCCCUAUAGCUGAUAAUGCAGGUGGAAUUGUAGAAAUGAGUCAGCAGCCUGAAAGUGUUCGGGAGAUCACUGAUGUUCUUGAUGCUGUUGGGAACACCACAAAAGCUACCACCAAAGGAUUUGCUAUUGGAUCUGCAGCACUUGCAUCUUUCCUUCUUUUCAGUGCUUAUAUGGAUGAAGUUGCUGCAUUUGCUCAAAUUCCUUUCAGAGAGGUUGACAUUGCAAUUCCAGAAGUUUUUGUCGGUGGCUUAUUGGGCUCUAUGCUUAUAUUCUUAUUUAGUGCAUGGGCUUGUUCAGCUGUUGGUCGAACUGCUCAAGAGGUUGUUAACGAAGUCAGAAGACAAUUUAUUGAGCGUCCAGGUAUAAUGGAAUAUAAGGAGAAACCAGAUUAUGGUCGCUGUGUGGCCAUUGUGGCAUCUGCAUCUUUGCGGGAGAUGAUAAAGCCUGGUGCUUUAGCAAUUAUAUCACCCAUUGUGGUUGGUUUUCUGUUCCGGAUAUUAGGGCACUUCACAGGACAUCCCUUACUGGGAGCCAAAGUUGUGGCUGCCAUGUUGAUGUUUGCUACUGUGUCUGGGAUUCUUAUGGCUCUCUUCCUGAAUACAGCCGGUGGUGCCUGGGAUAAUGCAAAGAAGUUCAUAGAGACUGGUGCUCUGGGUGGCAAAGGGAGUGAAUGCCACAAGGCUGCAAUUACUGGUGAUACUGUGGGAGAUCCAUUUAAAGAUACAGCUGGGCCUUCGCUUCAUGUUUUAAUCAAGAUGCUUGCAACGAUAACACUAGUCAUGGCACCUAUCUUUCUGUGAAGACGUUUUUCAAUUAUUACCACCUUUUCCCUACCAACACUAUGCUUUUUCUCUGCGGUUUUGAUGUUCUAGCAGGUCGGGUAUAUGAUCUAUAGAUUGAAGCGCCUCAAAUCGUUUUAACCAGCUUCUCCCCCCUUUUUAGUCCUCUGAAUUGUUCUCUCCUGUCUAUUUGAAUAAAUGAUGUUAGAUGUUUACAGAUUUGGGUCUGCAACCCUUGAUCAAAUAUAUAGUGGAUAUUUUUUU